CCGCCUCUUACCCCUGGUGGGCUGUGCAUAAUUAAUUGAAAAUGCGAAAUGGUGGGGGAAUUCUUCCCUGCUGGGGCGACUACGAAAAGCAGACGCCGCCAGACAAUGCGGAUAAUCCGCCGGUUGGUGUCCAUCCCAUCCAACGACCUCAACGCCAGAUCGAAGAUUUUCAGCCUGGGUAUCCUCAACUUUCAACUUUAGUCGGCGCCCAUGAUACUUUUCAAAUAUAUCGCCGAUUUGCUAACCUGCGUUCUCGCUUACUCCUCUACAAACAAGAUUCAUUGUCCGUGCUUGAAAAGAGACUCAAUGAGGUCGACGAUAACGAAGCUUCUCCACUAUUCCUUGGAAGUCGAAGAAGAGAUCGAAAUGAGACUCGCCAACAAGUGCUUGCUAGAAUUGAUACUGAGUUGGCCGAAUAUGACAAUCUGAUAGAAAGAACUGCCCGAAUCAAUGCUUUCUGUCCAGCCCCGGGACGGGACACAACAAGCCUACAAAAUUGGAUCAACGGAACCGGCAGUAUCGCACGAGCAGAGAGCCGAUAUCUUGCGGAGAAUGAUCUAUUCACUUUAAAAUCAUCGGAUGACGGGCCAUUGUUGCGACUGGAAGAGCAUCUUGAAUCUCUUUUCACCAAACUAUUCAGAGGAUUCUUCAGGAAAUACACGGCCUUCGAAGUAUCCCGAGAUCACCAAGUCUUCAUUCCUACAGGUCUGUUGGUGAAAAGGAUCGCUCGAGCCGUGAUGGCUGCCGUCACCACUAUCCUGAUUCUACUACCCAUGCUGAUGUGUAAUUACCUGCAAAAUCCGACAACGCGGAUUAUCAUCAUUGCUGUGUCCGUUCUUAUCUUUAUUGCGAUUCUCUCGGGCAUAAGCAAGGCAAAAAGCAUGGAAGUAUUUGUUGCCAGUGCAACCUACGCGACAGUUGUGAUGGUAUUUAUCUCAAAUGGUUCAGGGAAUUGAACAAUUUCCGGCUUUCUUCGACCUUGCGGUCCUAAAUACGACGGUAGGUACAUC